GGCCGCGGGGGGGCGGGGCUUCUGCGCGUGCUGCCGGGGCCGCUCUGGCCGCGCGGCGCGGAUGGCACGUGGGUAACGGCGGCGGGGCCGGGCCGGCCUGGGGGUUCACAGCGGAGCCGCCCGCGCCAGCGCCGCUGUUCCCGGCGCAGGCGGGCGCCGCGCCACCGGGCCAUGCUCGCGGAAGGGGACAGGAAGGAUGGGGCGGGUGUCCCUGGCCGGCCGAGUCCCGGGGCAGCUGCGGGGAAGCGGCGCCGGCGGAGGGACAGCGUGGCCGAACCCGGCCGGGACGGCGAGCCAGCGCGGAAGCGGCCCGGGCCGCGGAGGAAAGCCAGCGGGCAGCGGGCUGCGGCCGAGGGGCGCCGGGACGGCUCCGGGGAGCCCCAGACGGAGCGGGAGCCGCGACAGGGCGGGCAACGCCCGGACAGAGGCGCGUCGGCUGAGCUGUCGGGGGGGCGGCCCCGGCCGGGCGCGGAGCCCGGGGCGCGGGGGCCGGGGGCUGCGGCUGGGGAGCCAGCGCGGAGGCUGAGCAGGCGGCAGCGGAGGCACAAGCAGAGCAAACGGCGCCAGCAGCAGGAACGGGCGGGGACGGGGCGGGAGCAGGGCGCGGGCAGUCGGGCGACACCGGGAGCCCCGGAGGCGUCCGGCCGGGGAGCAGUUCCCUCGGGACGGUCGGCGGCACUGCGCGCACGGAUGGAGGAGCGGCUCCUCGCCGCCCGGUUCCGGUACAUCAACCAGCAGCUCUACACGUCCACCAGCCGGGAAGCGGCGCAGCUCUUCCAGAGCGACCCCGAAGCAUUCGAGAUCUACCACCGCGGCUUCACCCAGCAAGUGGGGCGCUGGCCAGAGAACCCCGUGCAUCGCAUCGUGCGCUACCUGCGGCAGCGGCCAGCCUCGCUGGUGGUGGCAGAUUUUGGGUGCGGUGACUGCAAGAUUGCGAGCAGUGUCAAGAACAAGGUUCACUCCUUUGACCUGGUACCUCUCAGCCCGCUGGUCACUGUCUGUGACAUGGCCAAGGUGCCUUUGGCAGCUGAGUCCGUGGACAUUGCAGUGUUCUGCCUGGCGCUGAUGGGCACCAACCUGCAGGAGAUCCUGGAAGAGGCCAACCGUGUGCUGAAGCAGGGGGGUACCUUGAUGGUGGCCGAGGUGGCCAGCCGCUUUGAGGACAUCCGAGCCUUCGUGAACGCCAUGGCUCAGCUGGGCUUCAAAAGCAUUUCUAAGGAGCUGAAGGGUUUCAACUCACUUGAUGAUCUUCUCCAUGUCAAAGGCAUCACCACCCGCAUCUUGGAGCUGAACAGUCAGCGGAUGACUUGCAGGAGGAGGCCAAGCAGUGAAGAAGCUGCGAGGGUGAGCCCUGGUCUGCAGGGGGAGAGUAAAGCUCCUGUGCCUCAGGUGGUGGCUGAGGAGGAGGAUGUUUCGGGCCCCUGGGAGCCAGAACGCUCUGGGAAAGGGAGCCCAGGGUCAGGACCAGAGGCUGAUGGCUCCAGUGGGCGAGGGGCGCAGGAGCCUGUCAGCUCCAAUGUCUGCGGGGAGCAGGAGGAGGAGGAGGAGGAGGAAGAAGAGGAAGAGGGGAGCUGCUACAGUGAGGAAGGGGAGGAUGGCAGCAACAUCUACUUCUAUUACACCAUUGGAGAGCGCUGGAUAGACUACCUGCAGCGGACAGAGGAUGGUGGCCUCCGUCACGUGCGGCCCAAGAUGAAGCGGAAGUCAGAGAACGGCCUGGAUGGCAGAGCCCUUUCCCCUGGUAAAAAGCUGUGCAAGGGCUCUGAGUACAGCAGGACGCUGGGUCCCUGCAUGCCCAGUCCUACCACCACCUUCGGGGACCUGCGCAAUGCCAAGGCAGGCCAGGCACGGCGGCGCCGCAUCCCCUCGGUUGCCCCCCCUCCCGAGCUGCAGGACUGGCUCCGCACCUUCCAGCGGUGGAGCGGCCCAGAGAAGCUGCUUGCUCUGGAUGAGCUCAUCGAUCGCUGUGAGCCCUCCCAAAUCAAGUACAUGAUGCAGGUCAUUGAACCCCAGUUCCAGAGAGACUUCAUUUCCCUGCUGCCCAAGGAGCUGGCACUCUAUGUCCUCUCAUUCCUGGAGCCUCGGGACCUGCUCCGUGCUGCCCAGACCUGUCGCUACUGGAGGGUCUUGGCUGAAGAUAACCUGCUUUGGAGAGAGAAAUGCCGUGAAGAAGGAAUUGAGGAGCCCUUGAACCUGCGGAAGCGGCGCCUGCUGAGCCCUGGAUUCAUGUACAGCCCCUGGAAAUUUGCCUUCAUGAGGCAGCACAAAAUCGACAUGAAUUGGCGCAGCGGGGAGCUUAAAGCCCCCAAGGUGCUGAAGGGACAUGAUGACCAUGUCAUUACCUGCCUGCAGUUCUGUGGCAACCGGAUAGUCAGUGGCUCAGAUGACAAUACGCUCAAAGUGUGGUCAGCUGUCACUGGGGAGUGUGUGCAGACACUGGUUGGCCACACAGGCGGUGUGUGGUCUUCUCAGAUGAGGGACAGCAUUGUCAUCAGUGGCUCCACGGACCGGACACUGAAGGUGUGGAAUGCAGACACAGGUGAAUGUGUGCACACACUGUAUGGGCACACAUCCACCGUGCGCUGCAUGCACUUGCAUGGGAACAGGGUUGUGAGUGGCUCACGGGACGCCACUCUGCGCCUCUGGGACAUCGAGACUGGGCAAUGUCUGCAUGUGUUGAUGGGGCACGUGGCUGCUGUACGCUGUGUGCAGUAUGAUGGGCACAAGGUGGUGAGCGGUGCGUACGACUACACAGUGAAAGUGUGGGACCCCGAGAGCGAAAGCUGCACUCACACACUGCAGGGACACACGAACCGCGUCUACUCCUUGCAGUUUGAUGGGACGCACAUCGUGAGUGGCUCUCUGGACACAUCGAUUCGAGUGUGGGACGUAGAGAGUGGAAACUGCCUGCACACCCUCAUGGGGCACCAGUCGCUCACGAGUGGCAUGGAGUUACGUGACAAUAUCCUUGUAUCUGGCAACGCUGACUCAACAGUCAAGAUCUGGGACAUCAAGACGGGCCAGUGCCUGCAAACACUGCAGGGCCCCAGCAAGCACCAGAGUGCCGUGACCUGCCUGCAGUUCAGCUCCAAGUUUGUGGUAACCAGCUCCGAUGAUGGUACCGUCAAGCUCUGGGACCUCAAGACGGGCGAGUUUGUGCGCAACCUGGUUGCACUGGAGAGUGGGGGCAGUGGGGGCGUAGUGUGGCGCAUCCGCGCCUCCAACACCAAGCUCGUGUGUGCGGUGGGCAGCCGCAAUGGCACGGAGGAGACCAAGCUGCUGGUGCUGGACUUUGAUGUGGACCUGAAAUGAACCUGGCCAGUCCAGGGUGGGAUGGAGGAUCCCGCGGGUUGGGCAUAGCAGCUGGUCUUGGUGGGGCUGGCCCCAGAGCAGGCACUAGCCCCCCGCGGGCUGUAAAUACUGUUUGCAGCUGUCUGGGCCUUAUUUAUAUAUGUGUGAACUCCCUGUGGGGAGCCUGCGCCCGGCUAGGGCACUGUACAGAGGAAGCAGCAUGUUUUGUACACACUAAUAUAUCGAUUUAUUUCUGUA